CUGCGUGGGCGGGGCCUGGCCUAGUCGUCCGGUCGAAGCUCUGGUGUCCAGGGGGCUGCUUGAAGUGCGUAUCCAGGACGGAGCGGGCGGGCUGACUGACUGACCGACCGGGGGGAAGGAUUGUCCGAGCUGGCGGCGGGCGUUGCCUGCGGUCUUGGUAAUCUGGCAAGAUGUUUAAUAAGUCGCAGUUUGGCACUCCCACCUUCGGCAACACCAGUGGAUUCACAACUUCAGCUUUCGGGCAGAAUACUGCAACUCCAGGGUUUGGUGGAUUUGGUGCGGCCACAGCUGGAUUUGGUACAGCCACCAAUACUGGUGGUGGACUCUUUGGUAGCACUCAAAACAAGCCAGGAGGUCUGUUCGGCUCCAGUAGUUUUGGACAACCAGCAACUUCAUCCACCAACGCUGGCUUUGGUUUUGGCACGUCGACAUCCAACAGCCUGUUUGGGGGCACCAGCACCGGGGGCCUGUUCUCCAAUCAGCAGAGCAAUGCCUUCACUCAGAGCAAACCUGCUGGCGGCUUUGGAAGUUUUGGAGCCAGCACGACGGGAGGUGGCCUGUUUGGGACCACCAGCACUGCCUCUAAUCCUUUCGGUGGGACCUCUGGAACCUUGUUUGGGGGAACCACCUUUAGCACUGCUGCUCCGACUGGAACCACGGUUAAAUUCAAUCCUCCAACAGGCACAGAUACAAUGGUGAAGUCUGGAGUCAGCACCAACAUUAGCACCAAACACCAGUGUAUCACAGCCAUGAAGGAAUACGAAACCAAGUCACUGGAGGAGCUGCGUUUGGAGGAUUACACAGCUGGCCGCAAAGGGCCUCAGGCACCCCUAGGGGGUGGUGGUGGUCUGUUUGGCACCUCGACGGCUACAUCCAGUGCCGGCACUGGGCUGUUUGGAGCCACUCCAGCCAACCCAACCGGAGGCUUCAACUUUGGACAGAAUAAAACUGGCUUCGGAGCAAACACUGGUCUCCUUUCCCAAGUGGGUGUGCUGGGGACAGUCUGUGGGUCCAGUCUUCAAAAAACAGGUACUGGUGCUUUUGGCACAGCCACUGGGGGCCUGUUUGGUCAGCCGCAGCAGCAGCCUAGCACAGGCCUGUUUGGGAGCAAACCCUUUGGACUGGCCACCACCACACAGAGCACCGGCUUCGGUUUCGGCACAACCAACACCCUGGGUCAGCCCAACACCAGCAGCAUGAGUUUAUUCGGAACUGCCCCGGUCUCUCAGUCAGGAGGGAUUUUUGGAACCAACACCAACACCAGCACCGGGAAUGCAUUUGGCGCAGGGGGUGGUCUCUUUGGCAAUACCAAUGCUGCUUUCACCAACGUCAACAAUACCCUGUUUGCUAACAAACCUGCUGGAUUUGGAACUGCUACAACGAGUGCUUCUGCCUUCGGCACAGCUGGUGCUGGCCUGUUCGGUAACAAACCGAACCUGACUAUUGGAGCCAACGCCAAUACUUCCAACUUUGGGUUUGGCGCAACUGCAGCAACCGGUGGUCUGUUUGGGAAUAAACCUGCAACUGGAGCCCUUGGAACAACGCUAGGAGGUGGAUUUGGAUCAGCUCUGGGUGCUGGGCAGACCUCCCUGUUUGGAAGCACUCAGCCCAAGUUGGGCACCACUCUUGGAGCCGGAACGUUUGGAACAGGAGCCUUCAAUGCACCCAAUGCCGGAGUGGGAUUUGGAACACCUCAGGCCCCUGUCUGCCUGACUGACCCGAAUGCCUCCGCCACACAGCAGGCUGUUUUACAGCAGCAGCUCAAUGCUCUGGCCUACACCCCUUUCGGAGAUUCUCCACUCUUCAGAAAUCCCAUGGUUGAUCCAAAGAAGAAAGAGGAGCGAUUGAAGCCCACAAACCCAGCAGCCCAGAAGGCACUGACUACCCCCACCCACUACAAGCUGACUCCCCGCCCUGCCACCAGAGUACGGCCAAAAGCCCUGCAGGCCUCUGGCUCCUCCAAGUCCCAGCUCUUUGAUGGACUGGAUGAUGAUGAACCUACAUCUCUAUCGAAUGGCACCUUCCUGCCCAGGAAGAGCAUCAAGAAGCUGGUACUGAAGAGCAUGAAUAACUCUACUCUGUGCUCGCCUGUACUCUGCAAGGAACCAAACGAUUUGGCCUCACCAUCAGACUAUCCAGAGAAUGGAGAGAAUGAACAAGAAUGUCGGUUGGAGAGAGAGGAUAAUGACCAGCAGGAGGUGAAUAAAUGCUACACCAACACCAUAGUCAAACCGAUCCCACAGACACCCGAGGGAGUAAACAGCAACAGACACCAGAACUCCGCUAUGGACGAUACCAUCACUGAGAUGAACUUGAGGAACAAGCUGCGAAAUGGUAUAUUGGAAGGCAGCAGUGAAGAUCCAUGCUACAUCGAUGGGUCCCUGAGUGUGGAGAGGGAUUCUGAGAUAGAUGACAGUUUACCACCUCAUCCCGCAGGCAUAGUGCUGACUCGAGUCGGUUACUAUACCAUCCCCUCCAUGGAUGAACUGGCCCAACAACUGAACGAGAAUGGAGAAUGUAUCGUGGAGAACUUCACCAUUGGCCGCAAAGGUUACGGGUCUAUAUAUUUCCCUGGCGUUGUGAACUUAACCAACAUGAACUUGGAUGAGAUUGUGCAUGUCCGCAGGAAAGAGGUGAUCGUUUAUCUCGACGAUGAGAAAAAGCCCCUGGUGGGUGAGGGCCUGAACAGACGAGCUGAGGUAACGUUGGAUGGAGUCUGGCCAACUGACAAGACCACUCGCUGCCUGAUCAAGUCCCCUGAGCGCCUGAUGGAGAUGGGUUUUGAGGAGAGACUGGAGAGCUCAUCGCGGAAGCAGGGCGCUCGCUUCCUGGAGUACAGGUCGGAGACUGGCUCCUGGGUCUUCGAGGUAACACAUUUCUCCAAGUAUGGGCUUCAGGAUUCGGAUGAGGAGGAUAGUGAACUGCCUUCAAAAGCUGAGACCAAGAAGAUGAAAACAGCAGCUCUUCCUGAUCAGCAGGCAGCACAAGUCUGCAAGCCUGUCAAGAACCUGCAGCUGGAGAGCCCCCUGAUGCAGCAGCUGGGGCGUGUGACCGAGUUUGACAGCGAUAUGGCUGACAUCACCCAGGAGCCCAUGCCGGACAGUUUACUGGAUGAGGACAUCAGUGAGGACCAGGAGCUUGUGUCAGCUUCCAGCAACAUUGCAUCCAGCUUGGGCAUCAACCCCCACUCUCUUCAGGUAAUGAAGGCCUCGCUGUUGAGUGAAGAUGAGGAUGUAGAUAAAAUGCAAAAUCAGCACUUUGCACAUUUGACAGCUGAUGACCAUUGCCAGCGGAUGUUACCACGGCAGAUCUUGCUAAAGCAAGGGGAAAGGUCGAAAGGUCUGGGUGGAGGCAUGUUUUAUUGCUCCUUUCCAAAGAAGCUCCUGCCUUUCACUGUCCGCCCGGAGCAGACACAGCAGCACUCUCCGACCGCGGUGGAGAUUCUUCGCUCACCGCCCCUUCACCCCUGGCCAGUGGCAGGCCAGCUGCCCUCCACAUUCAGUGUGCCCAGCCAGCUGCCGGAGUUGCAGCUGAAGACAGUGGGAAUUAGACGCCACCAGAGGCUGGUGCCAAUGGAGCAGUCGGUUACCAACGGCAAAGGGAAGCUUCUGAUGGACAUGGCCCUGUUUGCAGGGCGCUCGUUCCGGGUGGGCUGGGCACCCAACUGCACCCUCUGUCACAGUGGCCAACUACUGAGCCAUGUAACCGAAUCCGAGACUGACCCAUGCAGUGUGGAGUAUAACUUCUUUCCAAAGCCAGCAAAGAUCAAACAUGUUUCAGAGCUGCCUUUCAAGGUGCAUGUGGAGAAGGUGAUGUUGAAGGAAGAGCGAGCGAGACAGGAUUUGUCGUUGUACACCGAGCAGCUGGAGAUUGCUCUGCGCUACAGCCAUGUGGGCACGGAGGGCAGCUGCCCGUUUGUUGAACCCGAGCAGGGGGUAGAUGCUCUGCACGAGUACGCAGCUUGGAUCCAGGAGACUGAAGACAAGAGUGAAUACACAGAAGGUAUAGUGAGAGGCUGGUCGUUAGCAUGGACACUGUGUGAGGCUCUCUGGGGUAACCUGACGGAGCUGGAAGCUGCCUUUUCUGAGCCGAGUCCAUACAUCCAGCAGCUGGAGCGCAGGAAAGCGUUCUCCCGUUGGCUCUCUCGGACUGCAGAGGAGAGGAUCGAGGAGGAGGUGGCUGUGUCGCGUCACAUGAGUCACGUGGAUGGUGUCUUCAGCUAUCUAACUGGGAAGAGAAUCAGUGAGGCGUGCAAACUUGCACAGCAGUCAGGGGAUCACAGGCUAGCCCUGCUGCUGGCUCAGGCUGCUGGUAGCCAGCAGGUCAGAGAGCUGCUCAACCUGCAACUUGCUGACUGGAACCAGAUGAAGGCGGAUCCCUUCAUCCAGGAGGAGAGGCUGAAGAUCUUUGCUCUUCUGGCUGGGAAAGCAGUGUGGAUAUCUUCAGAGGGUUACAUAAACGUCUGCUCGCAGUUGGAUUGGAAACGCUGUCUGGCUGUCCACCUUUGGUAUAUGCUGCCUCCCAGAUCCUCCAUUGCUGAGGCUCUGAAUGUGUACAGUGAAGCCUUUCAGGGCAGUGAGGCCGUCCAGAGGUAUGCACGGUAUCCCCUGCCUCCCUACCUGGAAGAUACAAACAUUGACCUGAUAGAAGCUCCUGAGAACGAAGAGGAGGAAGCCCCCCACCAGGACAUCUGUUACCAUUUACUGAAGUUGUACAGUGACAGACACUACGAGCUGCACCCACUGCUCAAUCCCAGGACUGUGACAGCUGACUACUUGGAUUACAGAUUGAGCUGGCACCUAUGGAUGGUGCUGCAGGCAAUGAACUACACUCACCUCUCGGAGAAACAUCAGACCAUGGUCCACACCAGCUUCGCUGCUCAGCUCGAGGCAGUCGGCCUCUGGGAAUGGGCUAUCUUUGUACUCCUGCACAUUCCCGAUGCUCAGCAGCGAGGGAAUGCAGUGCAGGAGCAGCUAAACCGCCAUUGCUCUUUGGAUGAGACAGAAGAGCAGAAGGUGAAAGAGUUGUUUCUGCAGGAGAAGCUGGGGAUCCCCCCGGAGUGGAUCCACAGUGCCAAAAGCCUGAGGGCUCACCGAGACGGUGACAUCCACAAGGAGGCGCUGCACCUGAUCGAAGCUGGCCAAUGGAACAAGUGUCACCAGCUGGUGGUCCGGUACCUCGCUUCAGAUGCCAUUAUUAAUGAAAACUACAGCUACCUGAAAUAUUUCCUGGAGAGGCUGGCCAUACCAGAGUGCAGCUUACAGAUCCAGGACUGGGAGACUGCCGGAGCUGUCUUCUACGACUACAUCUGCAUCAUGGAAACGGUGCGAGGAAUUGGCGAGGUGGAGAAUCCAACUUACGAGCUGGAGAAAAUUCACAACGAGGUGAUGUCCCUGUGCAGCCGGAUAGAACUGAUCGAAUGUGUCUCAGCCAAAGAUCGACUGGCUCAGUCUGACAUGGCUAAACAGAUAGCCAACAUGCUGCGCACUGUGCUUGGGCUCCAGCACAGUGCAGAGUCACCUGGGGACAGAGCCCCGAGUCUCCAACACAUUCCCCUCCGCCUGCUCGCUCCUUACAUCCGCAAGCUGCCUAUGCCUGAAGACUAUGCCCUGGAGGAAUUGCGCAGCCUGACUCAGAGCUACCUGCGGGAGCUGGUUGUCGGCCCUUAACUUCCGACCCUGUAGACAGGGUGAGGGAACCGUUCAAUGCGUUUGGCGCCAGUGCACCUGUCCCUUUGAGCUCAAGUUCCUCCGACAAAUGCUGCCAUGAGACUCGGAUUCUUCACUAGCCACUGUUAUACAGAGGAAUCGUUUCAAGACCUUGGCGAAAACCUGGAGAGGCUCUUUCCCAAACACGGAUUGUGUCCCAUAUAACAAAGUUACAGGGGGCCACGUGACUCGCAUGUUGGUGGGAUGUUUCUUUCUAUUUUAAUACUUUUCUGUUAAGUAAUUAAGUGGACAUGCAAUGUUGAUAAAAGAUCAGCAAUGACUCCCUUUCUCUCUCUCUCUCUCUCCUGCCCUACCCCACCCCAAAUAACAGAGAAACACUUGUCAAUAUUGGGCACUGAUUUUGCUUAAAGCCAUCUCGUUAAAUAUGCAGCCGUUUUGAGGGAUCGAACACAAUAAACCUUGUUCUUUGUAA